AUGGACGCGGCGGGUUUUGCCCACACCGUCCUGCUCAGGAGCGACGGCGCAGCCGUCGCCUGCGGCUCCAACGAGUUCGGCGAGUGCGACAUUCCGCCGUUGGGCGCAGGCCAGACCUACGCUCAAGUUUCCGCCGGGGGAGGUCACACGGUUCUGCUGAGGAGCGGCGGCACGGCCGUCGCCUGCGGCCCCAACAACUUCGGCGAGUGCAACCUUCCAGCGCUGGGCACAGGCCAGACCUACACCCAAGUCGCAGCUGGAGUAGCCCAUUCGGUUCUUCUUCGGAGCGAUGGCACUGCCGUGGCCUGUGGCUAUAACGAGGACGGCCAGUGCGACCUUCCAGCGCUUGCCGCAGGCCAGAACUACACCAAAGUUGUUGCCGGAAGAUCGCACACACUUCUGUUGAGGAGCGAUGGUGCGGCCGUGGCUUGCGGCAGUAAUAAUGGGGAGACAUCUCCAUCGCCGGUAUCCACGGGGUCGGCGAACUCUGGCCAGGGCGACAUUCCGCCACUCGACGCGGGCCAGACCUACACCCAAGCCGCUGCUGGAGACGCCUUUACAGUCCUGCUCAGGAGCGAUGGCACAGCCAUCGCCUGCGGCUCGAAUGACCUCGGCGAGUGCGACAUUCCGCCGUUGGGCGCAGGCCAGACCUACACCCAGGUUGCCGCAGGAGCUGGCCACACAGUUCUGCUCAGAAGUGACGGCAUGGCUUUGGCCUGUGGCUACAAUGAUGCCGGCCAGUGCGAGCCUCCUUUGUUGGUCAGAGGUCAAGCCUACAUACAAGUUGCCGCUGGAGCAGACCACACAGUUUUGAUUAGGAGCGAUGGCACGGCUGUGGCCUGUGGCCAUAAUACUUACGGCCAGUGCGACCUGCCGACGCUUGUCCCUGGCCUGACAUACACAGCUCAUUUGUUUCCAACGUUGCUUCUGCAGGUGUCGAUAGAUGGCGAUUCGAUUCGGUUCUUGACUUUCGGCGGAAUGGAGCGCUGCCGAGUCCAGACGGGACCCACCGCUCGCAUGGCAGACGCUUAUGGUCAGCUGACGGCCGCUCAUCGCGCUGGCGGGCUUGGCCCCGGAGUCGCACGAGUCGACGCCGUGUUGCCGGGGGGUCGGCUGCUUAGCAGUGUUCCGGCCGAAGAGACGGUCGCGACCGCCCUCAGGUUCGUUCCGCCAGGCUGA